UUGACUGCGCGAAGCGGCGGACACUAAAGAAGAAGAGUCUUCCUCAGCUCUCAUCAAAGCUAACAUCUUAGCAAAUACACUUAGGAUAAUGUUAAUAUUUCCUCUUUUGUGAUUUUUACUACACGUUUUCAUGCAGAACAGCCCCGCAACAUUUGAAGAUUCAGAGAGAUCCGAUACAUGUAAAUACGAGCGUCGGAAAUCUCAUGUGCUGUGAAAGCAAGAUUCACAGCUAGCAUCCAAACAGCCGGCCAGCAAUAACUCGUUUUCUCUUAUCAGUUUUGUUAAUCAGUUCUUAACAGUGGUAUAGACCUAUUUGCAGCUUGGUUAGUGACUAGUCUGUUGGUCAGUUUGGGUCUGAAGCACGCAUGUAAGAUGUUAGUCAAGCACGUAUGUUAGCUCUCGUGCUGUAAGAUUUGGAGGUUUCGAAAAGCAUUACAUUUGCUUGGCCUCAUAGUAUGGAAAUAAUAGAGUUUUACAUGUAAUGCCAACUUGGCAUUUAUUUCAAACGAAGAAAGGCGAGGACUUAAAGUUCAUCAUGAAAAUUGUACUUUGGCAAACAUCGUAAGGAGAUUCGUGAUAACAUCACCUGGAUCAUUACCAGGGUAAAAUCUUACAUGUGUGAGCCUAACUGAAGUCAAAGGGUGCCGUGAAUCUGUCACUGUUACAUCAUGACCGAGGAGACGGGCGUGGACAGAUUCAUUAAGGAGACAUCGAUCUUAGAUGAGUAUAACAUCAAUUGGACACAAAAGCUGGGCGCUGGCAUCAGUGGUCCUGUAAGGGUUUGUGUGAAGAAAUCAACACAAGAACGAUUUGCCCUUAAGAUCUUGAUCGACAGAUCUAAAGCUCGUAAUGAGGUGAGACUUCAUAUGAUGUGUGCCUGUCACACCAACAUUGUUAGGAUUAUAGAGGUGUAUGCCAACAGUGUACAGUUUCCACAUGAAUCCAGUCCAAGGGCGAGAUUAUUGAUAGUUAUGGAGAUGAUGGAGGGUGGUGAGCUGUUUCACAGAAUCAGUCAACACAAACACUUUACAGAGAAGAUGGCCAGCCAGGUCACUAAACAGAUAAGUCUGGCUUUGCAACACUGUCAUUCAUUAAAUAUUGCACAUCGAGACCUGAAGCCGGAGAACCUGCUCUUCAAGGAUAAUUCACUGGAUGCCCCUGUUAAACUGUGUGAUUUUGGUUUCGCUAAAAUCGAUCAGGGAGAUUUAAUGACCCCACAGUUCACUCCUUACUAUGUAGCACCUCAGGUGCUGGAGGCACAGAGACGUCACCAAAAAGAAAAGUCUGGAAUCAUUCCCACGUCGCCCACCCCUUACACCUACAACAAGAGCUGUGACCUGUGGUCUCUGGGUGUGAUUAUUUAUGUCAUGCUGUGCGGAUAUCCUCCGUUUUACUCCAAACACCACAGUCGUACCAUCCCUAAAGACAUGCGCAAGAAAAUCAUGACCGCCAGCUUCGACUUCCCCGAGGAGGAAUGGAGCCAGAUAUCCGAAAUGGCCAAAGACAUCGUCCGCAAGCUACUGAAAGUAAAGCCAGAGGAGAGGUUGACCAUCGAAGAAGUGAUCACUCAUCCGUGGCUUAACUGCACUGAGGCGUUGGACAACGUGCUUCCCUCCGCUCAGAUGAUGAUGGAUAAGGCUGUUGUAGCUGGUAUCCAGCAGGCACACGCAGAGCAACUGGCCAACAUGAGGAUACAGGACCAGAAUCUCAGCCUGAAGCCGCUCAACUCCGUCAACAAUCCCAUCCUGAGGAAGAGAAAGCUGCUCGGAACCAAACCCAGUGAUGAACCCUUCAUCAGCGAUCCAGAGAACGAGCCUGAAGACACGAAUGUGGCUCUGGAGAAACUGAGAGAUGUUAUAGCUCAAUGCAUACUGCCACAGGCCGGUGACAAUGAAAAUGAGAAACUAAGUGAAGUUAUGCAUGAAGCUUGGCGUUUCAAUCGAGACUGCAAGCUUUUGAGAGAUGGAUUGCAAGGGUUAAGUUGGGAUGGUAGGACCUUUUUGGACAAAGUAGAUCGCUUAAAAUUGGCUGAAAUUGUAAAACAGGCCAUUGAAGAAAAGACAAAUUUACAGGACUCCCAAUAGCAACUUCUUUUGUACUGUUUCAUAUAAUUGUCAUUAGGUAAUGACUUGGAAAAAGUCUUUUUGUAUCAAAUCAAUCGCAGGUCUUUUUCCAUGGUCCUGCUGUAGUCCGUUGUAUAUCUGUAGGAGAAGCCGAGGGGUUGUUGGUACAUUUUGUUUUCACUACAAACUGCAGUAAAGAAAUGUGUUUUGAAGAAACACAGCAGUUUUAUUUAUAAAAACCAGAAGGAAAUGAUCAGUUUUUAAUUGCUCAAAUGUGGUGGGCAUUAACAAAAUGCCGUAAUGCGUCGUUUGAAGGCCACUUCAGAGCGAAGUGACAACUUCUCAAGGAAUCAAUUGAAGUUGUCAGGAUGCUCACUAGAAGCUUUCUUGUGGAAAUUAUGGACAAUUGUGUACGGAUGAGACCCAAUCUCGGAGUCGCCGUGAAUGAUGUGAUGGGAAAAGGAUGUAUCGGCUCUGCUUAAUCCAUGGCUAUUAUCAUUGUUGGGUUUUAUUUUCAUAUCGCAAUCACUGGAAUUCAGUCAAUUCAAUCAUUUCAUUUUCAAACCUUCAUGCAUCGAACCACAGAUCUUUGAUUUAAAGAAUGUAGUUAUGCAUGUCAGUGCUGGACAAUGCAAUGUUGAAUACAUUUCACAUCUCGAAGAUUUUGCUUUAUUGAUGCACACGAUUACAUUGUGUAAAAAACAUGACCUCAAAAUAAACGCAAUUUUGGAUCAUUUGCA